AUGGGCUCUGGAUCGUCAAAUGGCUGUGGGGUUUCAACAGCUUCGAGUAUGGCCGUCUUUGGCUUGGCUGAAGAGACCGUAUCAUCUGGAAGAUCACCAGCUUCCAAUAACGGCCUUGUUGCAUACACCCCAUCACGAGGUAUGCUUUCCAUCAGGGGCAACUGGCCCCUGACCUGUUCGGCAGAUGUCGUCGUUCCACAAGUGACGAGUGUCAAGGAUCUCAUGGCUGUCUUGGACGUAAUAGCCGUUACCGACGAACAUAUCGAAGGUGACUUCUGGAGAGGGCAGCCCUUUGUGGACCUUCCCAAAGUUGAAAAUAUCAGACCUACUUCGUUCACCACUUUGGCGAACGCGAGUGCGUUACGUGGCAAAAGGAUCGGUGUCCCUCGAAUGUUCAUCGGCGGAAAUGACCCUGCAGCGCAAUCUAUCUUUCUUCGAAAUUCAAUCCGGGCACUGUGGGAAGACGCGCGCGUCACUUUUGAGUCAUUGGGUGCUGAAGUUGAAGAGGUGGAGUUUCCUCUUGUUACGAAUCAUGAGGUAGCCCCAGCAGUCAAUGAGGUCAAUAGCGAAUAUCCCUUGCCAUCGUACUUCAACGGCAGCGCGAGCCCGGGCGAUAUGGAUGCGUAUGCUUGGGAUGACUUUCUACAUAUGGUUAAUGACACCAGCAGUGUUACAACACUUGCUGACGUUGAUCCGGCGCUCAUCUUUCCACAACUUCCUGGAACCAUUCCCGACCAAUACGGCAACCGCUUCGGCAACAGAACUCAGUCUAAUGCACGCGCUGUUGAAGCAGUCAAUCGCACAGGCAAAACCAUCGACAUUCCCGGUCUUGCAGCAUGGCUCCAACGUCUAGAAGACCGACGUGAGCGGGACUUGGAGGACUGGAUGGACGAGAAGGGGCUAGAUGCCGUUGUAUGGCCAGCGAAUGGCGAUGUCGGGCGUGAGAGAGCUGAGGUCGACAACGAAGCAGCUGUUCCCACGUGGAGAAAUGGCGUCGCAAGAUCAAUUGGUAACUUCGCGAUUCGGCAGCUUGGCGUUCCUACUGUAACCGUCACCAUGGGAGCCAUGAACGACACUGGCAUGCCUGUCGGCCUCACAUUUGCGAAUAAAUCCUACGACGACAUGUCAAUCAUAAGCUAUGCCUACGCCUUCGAGCAAGCUCACGACAAAGUAAGAUUUGUCCCACCUCGAACUCCAGGGCUUCAGACAGACCUGAUUCCUUUACGACGCGGGAGAAAGAUUCGUGGCUUUCAUGCUGCCCCUAUAUUGAGCGCCAGUGCUUUGAGAAUCGAUGAACAGAAGAUUUUGGUCAAGGGCACUGUCAAGCUGGAAAGCUGCUGGGAUUCAGAUGCCAAGGUGGAAGUUCAUGUCGACGGCGUGCCUGUGCUACCUGUGCCAUUCGAGGGUAGUGAGUGGAGCGUCACUGCAAACAUCACCCUACCGUUUCAAGGGACCUCUCCGUUCGGUGAGGUCAAUGUCCCGGAUGCAAGUCUUGCUAUGGUCGUCGUAGUUGCCACUGCGCCCAACGGUCGGUCUGCGGGCAAAAUGCUCUUCGUGUAG